GCAAGGUAUGACAAAAAAUGAUAGUGAACAGCAUAACGAAGAUAGUGAACAACAUAACGAAGAUAACGAAGAUAACGAAGAUAGUGAACAGUAUAGCGAAGAUAGUGAACAGUACUACGAAGAUAGUGAACAGUACAACGAAGAUAGUGAACAGUAUAAUGAAGAUAGUAAACAGCAUAAAGAAAAUUUGGAAAUGAAAAUAGUCAGUAUGACUGACCAGUUAUUGAUUCUGACUGAAUUAAUUUCAAAAUACCGUUCAGGAACUGAUGUUGUUAGCAAAGCUAUUUCGACAAAAUUACGCCAACAAAUUUACGGUGUGCUUGGAAAUCGUGGAUUUUCUAAUAUGGGAGAUAAAGAACAUCCCUUAAUUGUAACAUUAAGAUCUGAAAUAACUAGCUUAAUGAAUCGUUAUAGAAAAAUUACUAGUAAUGAGAAACUAUUAGCGUUAGAGGACAAAACUUUAAUUAAUACUAUAAUCAGACAAGUUAUCAACAUAUUCUUUUUUAGAUUAAAAGUUCAAGAACCCGUUGCUGAAUGGAAAUUCUUUGAAAACAGGUCAAGUAUUAAUACUAUCAUGAUGGAGGGUUCUUGGGACAGUAAUGUUUUAGAAGAAAUAUGUGUUGAUAUCUGUUCGUUUCCAGUAAUUGGUUCUAAUCUUUGUGAAGCUAACAAAGAUAAUAAAAAUAUGAAAGUAAUCUUUCCUGCACAAAUUAUUUCUAAAGAUAUUCCAAUCACCAAGAAUGUUAAUAGAUCAAACAAUAGCAGAGCUGAGAAAAACCAAACGAAGGGGAUCGGUAAUAGCAAGUACAAAAGCGUGAAAUCAAGUAAUAUUACAAAUCAAACAAGCAGUAUAAUUAAUACUAAGAAUGCUGGACGCGAAAAAUAUGCGAAGUUCCGAGAUGAUACUAAUCAACAAAUUGGUGUGUCAAACACAGAGGAAGGUUAUCAAUAUGUGACAAAGAAGAAGAGUCGGAAAAAUGGAAAACGAGAUACAGCAUGA